CAGAGGAACUUCCUCUUCCGGAUGACUGAUGGGAGGAAGUUGGUGUGCAGAGCGGCUUUUGUGCUGUUUCCAUGGUGGAAGCAGCAGCUGCCAGACAAAGAGGAUGGCAAUAAGAGCAUUCAGGACAACUGUAAAUAACAAGCAACAUUGAAAAGAGAAGAAAAUUAAGCCAGAAAUCAAAAUAUUUUCCAUUUCCUUCAGAAAAACCACACAAUUUUCCUCCUCCAGCAGCUGUUAGACAAAAAAGAGAAAAUUAAGAAAGAAUAAGCAGAUUAUGCAGAACUCAAGGAUACAUUACUUGAAAAGUCAAAGGAGAAACUGUAUGAGUGUCUAGAAUGAAAAGCUUCAUUAGAAAUUUCAAUCUCAUGAGACACCAGAGAACUCACACAGAAAAGAAACCCUUUAAAUGUCCUGAUUGUGGGAAAGUCACAAUUCCAGCCUGGUGAUACAGGAGAGGACUCAUAUAGGAGAGAAGUGCUUUGAAAGUCCUGAUCGUUGGAAAACUUUCAAUUAUAAUUCCAAUUUGGUGAUCACCAGAGGAACCAUAAAAGAGAAAAACUCAUUCAACGUCCUGACUGGGGGAGAAGUUUCAGUCGUAAUUCCUGCCUCGUAAUACAUCAGAAGAUUCACUCCAUGGAGAAACCUUAUGAGUGUCAAGAUUGUGGGAAAGGUUUCAUUAGAAAUUACAACCUCCUGAGACACAAGACCACGCACACAGGAGAGAAACCCUUUGAAUGUCCUAUCUGUGGCAAAAGUUUCAGUCAGAAUUCCAGUCUGGUCACACACCAGUGGAUUCACACAGGAGACAAGCCAUAUGAAUGUCCUGAGUGUGGGAAAGGUUUUAGUCGGAAUUCCACCCUUGUGACACACCAGAGAAUUCACACAGGAGAGAAACCCUUUGAAUGUCCUGAUUGUGGGAAAAGUUUUAGUCUGAGUUCCAGCCUGGUGACCCACCAGAGGACUCACACAGGGGAGAAACCCUUUGAGUGUCCUGAUUGUGGGAAAAGUUUUAGCCUGAGUUCCAGCCUGGUGAAACACCAGAGGACUCACACAGGAGAGAAACCCUUUGAAUGUCCUAUUUGUAGGAAAGGUUUUUGUGAUAAUUCCAGCCUGCUGAAACACCAGAGGACUCACACAGGGGAGAAACCCUUUGAAUGUCCUAUCUGUGGGAAAAGCUUUAGUGAUAAUUCCAAUCUGGUGACACACCAGGGGACUCACACAGGAGAGAAACCCUUUGAAUGCCCUGACUGUGGGAAACGGUACAAUCAGAAUUCCCACCUGGUGAUACACCAGAGGACUCACACAGGAGAGAAACCCUUUGAAUGUCCUGACUGUGGGAAACGUUACAGUCGUAAUUCCCAACUGGUGAUUCACUGGAGGACUCACACAGGAGAGAAACCCUUUGAAUGUCCUAUCUGUAGGAAAGGUUUUUAUUACAAUUCCAGCCUGGUGAACCACCAGAGGACUCACACAGGAGAGAAACCCUUUGAAUGUCCUAUUUGUCGGAAAAGCUUUAGUGAUAAUUCCAAUCUGGUGACACACCAGAGGACUCACACAGGAGAGAAACCCUUUGAAUGCCCUGACUGUGGGAAACGUUACAAUCAGAAUUCCCACCUGGUGAUACACCAGAGGACUCACACAGGAGAGAAACCCUUUGAAUGUCCUGACUGUGGGAAACGUUACAGUCGUAAUUCCCAACUGGUGAUACACCGGAGGACUCACACAGGAAAGAAACCUUUUGAAUGUCCUAUCUGCGGGAAACGUUUUAGUGAUAAUUCCAGCCUGGUUACACAUCAGAUGACUUACACAGGAGACAAAUCAUUUGAAUGUCCUGACUGGGAAAAGUUUCAUUAAGAAUUCCAACCUAUUGAAACACCAGUGGACUCACACAGGAGAGAAAUCCUUUGAAUGUGCUAUCUGUAGGAAGAGUUUCAGUCAUUUAUUUAUUUUAUUUAUUUAUUAAUAUUAUUUCUAUACUGCCCUUCUCCCGAAGGACUCAGGGCGGUGUACAGCCUAAUUAAAAACACAAAGACAGACAAAAUUUAAAAAUAAUUAAAAUUAUUAAAUAAUACGCCCAAUUUAUAAAACCCCAAAUUUAAAAUCCCAUUUAAAACCAAUUAAAAUCUUUACAUUGAUAGCCCAGCCUGGCGGAACAACAUGGUUUUGAGGCACAGCGAAAUACACGGAGAUCAGAGAUUUUACGAAUUUCUGGGGGCAGUUCAUUCCAAAGGGCAGGGGCUCCCAGAAAGAAGGCCCUCCCCCUGGGUGUCGCCAGCCGGCAUAAUUUGGCCGAUGGCACUCUGAGGAGACCCUCUCUGUGGGAGCGAACUGGCCGGUGGGAGGCUACUGGUGGCAGAAGACGGUCUCAAAGGUAUCCAGGUCCAAUGCCAUGGAGCGCUUUAAAGGUGGUAACCAACACCUUGAAUCGUACCCGGAAGACCACUGGGAGCCAGUGCAGCUCGCGCAGGAGGGGUGUCACGUGGGCACAACGAGUUGCGCCCAUAACCACCCGCGCGGCCGCAUUCUGGAUCAGUUGGAGCCUCUGGGUGCUUUUCAAGGGGAGCCCCAUGUAGAGAGCAUUGCAAUAGUCCAGUUGAGUGUCAGUGUAUUCAUGACUGACAGAGACAUGGUAACAAGGUCAGCCAAUGAAUAGGCAUAACAACAGAUCAGCUAAUGGGAGCUGAAACAGUUGGAGCCUGGGCGUGGCUUAGCUCUGAAAUGAACUAAAACUCUUGCCUAUGUUUCUACCUACUUACAAUCUCUCCUCUCUACCACAUUGGAAAACCUGGUUUUAGUAUUGUAUAUAUGCCUUAUGUGUUGUUAUGUAUAUAAAGAAGUUAAUGAAUCCUGCUGAAUCAUUUACCUGUGUGUGCUUUCUGGAUGUCAUUGCUGCAAACUCUUUUUUAAAAAAACUUUUAAAAAUUUUAUUUUAGUACAAUAAUCCAUCUUCCAUUAAACAGUGUGUCAUUGGGGUUCAAAUGUUGGUGCAAUAACAAUUAAAAUUUACAAUCAUA